AUGGAGCUCUUGGAGCUGUACUACGAUGUUCUCAUCAAGAUCUUGGAAGAGGUAGAGCCUGAGGAUCUGGCCACUUUGGCGCAGACGUCGCUUGGAUUCAACCACUUUGUUGCAGGUAACGAGAGGUUGUAUAAGGUCCAUUAUCUGAGGAAUUUUGAUGAUCCCCGGCGGAGAACAACAGACCCAGAACCAAACUGGAUCGCGGAGCUUCAACAACUUGUCAAGCUUCGCAAGGUUCUUCAGUCACAGAGUUUAGAUGCCAAGACUGAGCAUUACGACUUCGUGCUGGAACUAGUUGAUACUCUGAUACGGACCGGCUCAGAAUAUGACGGCUUGUCGUUGAACAAGGAAGAACUCACGAAUCUCUUUUCGAACCCUCAAAAUGCCGACACUUUCCUGCAUAAGUCCUCUCUGUACGGCAGGGCAGGCACCGAGAUCCAGUCUCAAGCGCGCAAUAUAGAAGAUCGUCAACGGAGUGCACGACUUCAUUGCAUCCACGGUAUACCUAACGACACAACCGGUCGACGCACUCUCUCCACACACCCGUUCGCCCGCUCUCGUGUCUACGACUUGCGCAAUUACACCAAGCGCUCACGCUGGGGACCCUUUCGCAACGAUGGCAGCAUGCGCGUAGAUUGGGAGCUCGUUGAAAGUAUAAUGGUAGUGUUAGGAUACAAUAACGGGCUCUGUUCACGACGCUACAUGGAUCGCUUUGUCCUCCCUUGGUCUUCACCUUUUGCCAACAUUUUCCAAGACCGAUUCGCGCAUCUCCCUUCCACCAAUUCUCCACCUCCAUCACCAAGCCUGACAAAGGAACCAAGUCUGCCGCUUGACCUGCAGGACCCCUACAACAUCUCUGGAAUCUGGGCGCGAAUCGUCUGUUUUCUAGACUACGAUGACUUGCACCACUUCAACUUCAACACGACAGCUGUCAGAACGCCGGAGGGUCAACCCUACCCGCCGAUCACGAUGGAAGAAGCAGUCCGCCAUAUCAUGAUGCAGCUGGAAGUAACGGCCGUCACUGCGCCUGGCAAUAACGACGACCAGACAAUGCCUGUAGUGCAUUUUAGCGGCAAAGCGCGCGCUGUAGACACGAAUAUGGAUGCGAAUGCUAAUUCGAGUAUACGAGGGUGUGUGAGGACGACAGCUGAGGGUGAGGUGCGUUGGAGCACAGUGUGGGUCUUUAAUGGUGAUGAGGAACGCUGGCGCAGCGAGGCAAUUCAAGUGGGCGGGUUGCGGUCUAAGCGCGGCGUUGUCGGAAUCUGGUACGACAAGAGUCUCGACCCUCAUGGUCCGGCUGGACCGACGGCUUUCUGGAAAGUGUCAGAGCUUCGGACUGAGAGUGACGAGCAUGGAAAUGGUGAUAAUGAUUGGAUGGAUGACUGA